UCUUAACCUCUCAAAACUUCAAGUGUUGAAUAAUAAAGUGUAUAAAAGCGUGAAAGUUCAGUUCAAUAUAAUUCAACCUCAUUAAUCGCCCUAAAAUGGACGUGCAGAAGCUGUCAGUCCAUACCCUAGUCUUUCGUUCUUUGAAGCGUUCUCAUGAUUUUUUCCUUCACAACUACGGGUCUCUCCCUCCAGUCGACGAAUCCGUGGAAAAACAGAAGAAGAUGAUUAAAUCCCGUGACUCGUACGGUCCAAUAAUGGACCGAGUGAAACAGAACGCUCAGACGAAGCCCCGACCCUCCGACAACGACGCAGCAGAUCCACCACCUCCUGGUGACGAAUCAUUCACCACUCCUGAGAGUUCGACUGUUGUUCCUUACACACCCACUUCCACUCCAGUCUCGUCGACUCUCGUCCCGUCCAAUUCAUCAUCAAACACUGUUGCACUUCCCGUGAAAAAAGCCCCGACGAUGGCUAAACCCAAGUGGCAUGCCCCAUGGAAACUCUACAGAGUUAUCAGUGGUCAUCUGGGUUGGGUGCGUUGCUGCGCCGUGGAACCUGGAAACGAGUGGUUUGCUACUGGCUCUGGAGAUCGAGUAAUCAAGAUCUGGGAUUUAGCCAGUGGAAAAUUAAAGGUCUCCUUGACUGGUCACAUCAGCAGCGUUCGAGGUCUGGCAGUAUCUCACAGGCAUCCUUACUUGUUCUCAUGUGGUGAAGACAGACAGGUAAAAUGCUGGGAUUUGGAGUACAACAAAGUUAUUCGUCAUUAUCAUGGACAUUUGUCAGCAGUCUAUUCGUUGGCUCUUCAUCCCACGAUUGACGUCUUGGUGACAGCUGGUAGGGAUUCGACAGGACGAGUCUGGGACAUGAGGACGAAGGCAAACGUCCAUACCCUCGUAGGGCACACAAAUACUGUUGCCAGUGUAAUCUGCCAGGCGUCAGAGCCUCAGAUCGUUACAGGCAGCCACGAUUGCACGAUUAGACUGUGGGAUUUAGCCGCUGGAAAGACCAGAAUCACAUUGACGAAUCACAAGAAGAGCGUUCGAUCCGUUUGCUUUCAUCCAACGCAAAACAUGUUCGCUUCAGCAUCCCCUGACAAUAUUAAACAGUGGAAGUGUCCUGAUGGGAUUUAUAUCCAGAAUUUGUCUGGACAUAAUGCUAUUGUCAAUUGCCUGGCUGUUAAUGAGGACGGCGUGCUCGUUUCUGGGGCCGAUAAUGGCACUAUGCAUCUUUGGGACUGGAGGACUGGUUACAAUUUUCAAAGGCUUCAGGCUCCCGUCCAGCCUGGCUCCAUGGACAGUGAAGGGGGAAUCUUCAGCAUCACUUUCGAUAUGUCUGGCACGAGGAUGAUCACCACUGAGGCUGACAAAACUAUUAAGGUUUAUAAAGAAGAUGACAGUGCCAGCGAGGAAACGCAUCCUGUUAAUUGGAGGCCGGAUAUCAUUAAGAGAAGGAAAUAUUAAAUGAGUAAUUAAAAUUGAUUGCAGGACUUGUACGGAAUUUUUCUCUGGCGUGGAUCUUGGACGAAUGAACGUGUGUAAUUGUGAUUAAUUGUAUAAAUAUAAAUUUUGAUAAGAUUA